AUGGAAAACAAUCAAAGUGCUUCUGAUACACAAGACAAUUCUAUGAUGAAGUCCGAUGAUCAAAGAGAACACUCUACUAAAGGGUGUGGUGACUUAGUGACUCGACGUCUCAAGAAUCGAGAGAGACAGCGUAGGUACAGGGCUCGUAAGCGUCUAGAAUCUGGAACCAGUGAUUCAUUCGGUGUAGAACAGACAACUGCAAUGCAAGUAGAGCUACAACCAAACAGGAAUCGCAACAAUUUUGUGACACGCAUAUAUUGUAAUCGAGAUUGGAAAAAGGAUGCACGGCAGGCUCAUCUUACAAAGCUUCGAGAGAUGCACGGGUCUAUUGAUCAUUCCAUGACACCGGCUAAUGUACCCGAGGAGACAUACUUAGGCGCUGGGAUCAAGUCAGAAACAGUGCUAGAUAGGGAAAUUCAGUCCGGAGCUUCUAGCAUUGUUUAUAAUGAAACACCUAGGACUGUGCUUUGUCGUAGAGAUUGGAAAGCAGAAGCUAGAAGAAAGAAAAACUAG